GACAGCUUCAAGAUAUCCCACUUCGCACUUUGUACUCUGGAAGAAUUGCGCUAUUGCUCGAACACCUAGAGAAGAUGACUACUAAACCCAGAGCAGCACUGAUAGUGGUGGACAUGCAAGAGGAUUUCUGUCCACCCAAUGGAGCCCUGGCAGUUGAAGAAGGUCGCUCAAUAGCACCAGUGAUCAACUCACUCCUCGACCACCCCAGAUUCACAACUCGGAUAGCAACCCAAGAUUAUCACCCUCCAGACCACAUCUCCUUCGCCGUGAACCACCCACCACCCAACAACAUUCCUUUUGAAUCAUUCAUUACCAUGACCAAUCCUGCUCCGGGGAAAGAAGCUGAGACGAAAGUGCAGCGGCUCUGGCCCGUACAUUGUGUCACUGGGACCGAAGGGGCAUCGCUAAUCCCCGAGCUUGACUCGAAGCACUUCGAUGUACAUGUUAAGAAGGGAAUGAAUUCGAACGUGGAAAUGUAUUCCGCAUUCUCAGAUGCAUUCGGGAAUCUGCAUACUUCAUUGCCUGUUUUGGGAGAUGGGGAUGGUCGAGUAGUCGAUGUUGAUCUGGAGGCUGUUUUGAAGGAAAGAGAGAUUCGGGAUGUGUUUGUUGUUGGGUUGGCAGGGGAUUACUGUGUGAAGUAUACGGCGAUUGAUGCAGCCAAGGCUGGGUUUAGGUCAUUUGUUGUUGAGGAGGGGACAAGAUGUGUCGUGAAUUCGGGGUGGAAGGAGAUUAAGCAGGAAUUGAGGGAUGCUGGGGUGGGUGUUAUUGGGGUUGAUGAGCUGAAGUCGCUAUGAUUGGGCGUGGCUUUACAGAGUAGUUACUAUGUAAUUAGAUGCUUUAAUGAAGACAUGUAG